AUGGCGGUGCCCGCGGCUCAGGAGUUCCACUGGCAGAACCUGGCACGCCUCUCAAGUGGGCGUGUGUAUCACUCUCUGGCUGAAGUCGGAGGUCAGCUGUACAUGCUGGGGGGCUGCGACCCCACAGGACGAGCCACCAACUGCAUGGAGCUCUACUGCCCAGAGGUGGACCAGUGGGUGAGCCUGCCCCCGAUGCCCACAGCCAGAGCGGGCGCCGCUGUAGCAGUAUUAGGCAAGCAGCUUCUCGUGGUGGGAGGUGUAGGCAAGGAGCAGCACCCUCUCAAAGCAGUGGAGGUGUAUAACACGGAGGAGGGCAAGUGGAGGAAGAGGAGUUCGCUGAGGGAGGAGUUGAUGGGGCUCGCUAUUACCGUAAAAGACGGCAGAGCUUUCGCUGUUGGUGGAAUGGGAGUAGACCUGCUGCCCAGAAGCGUUCUCCAGCAGUACGACCUUCGCAAGGACGUCUGGGCCCUUCUGCCGCCCAUGCCCACCCCUCGCUACGAUGCUAGCAUCUGCCUACAGGGAUCCAAGAUAUAUGUAGCAGGUGGGCGUCAAUGCAAGCGUUUGGUAAAAGCAUUUGAAGUUUUUGACAUGGACAGCCGCAUCUGGUCUUCGUUACCCAGCCUGCCUUGUAAGCGAUCCUAUUCCGGGGUGCUGUGGGACAACACAGGGCGCCUCUGCUGGCUGGGAGGUCUUCGUCAAGGAGGCAUCCAUCAGAGCUCCAAGUUCACCAGGAAUGUCAGCAUCUUUGACACCAACCAGAGCUCUUGGAUGAAGUCUGAAGAAACCAUUUCCAUGAAGACGAAACGGGCAGACUUUGUGGCAGCCAUUGUACGAGGAAGAAUGGUCGUUGCUGGUGGAUUGGGUCAUCAGCCCUCAGUGCUGGAUACCGUCGAGGCUUUCCAUCCUGAAAAAAGAAAAUGGGAGAAUCUAGCCCCCAUGGCAACUCCUCGCUGCUCCGCCUCCAGCAUCAUGAUCCGUGACCGCCUGUUGGUGGUGGGGGGUGUCAAUCAAAUCCCGAGCUCUGCCCAUGAAAUUCUUUACGUGAAGGAGGAAGAGGUUGUUUAG